AUGGCAGUAUACACCGAUUGUAAAAAUAGAGGCACUGCUCAAUUAAACGGUUGUGCAUUCGACGAUUGGAAUUGUAAAUGCAAUGCCAAUAAUGCUCUUCAAAAUUGCUACCUUCAAUGUCCUGAUGAUCUUGAUAUACAAAAUGAAGGAAAAGCAUAUCAGCCAGCAGUACAACAAUCUUGUCAAUUAGCUGCAAGUCAAUCAUCGGCUAAAGCAGCAGCGACUCCUGUAGCUGCAACUCCUUUAGCGACACAACCCGCACCAGCACAAACUCCUCCGCCAACAGUUUCAUCAUCGAGUCCAUCAACUCCAUCUGAAACACCCAAAACUAACAACGCCAAAUCUUCUGCUGAUAGCAAUAAAAUAAAUGUUAUGAUUGCUGCUGUUCCACCCGUUGCUGCUCUUAUAAUUGGACAAUUCGUUUAG